UCUGGGUCGCGGUGGCGGUCGCGGUGGCGGGCGGUCGCGGUGGCGGGCGGGCGGGUGUGCCCGGGCCGCAGCUCCCGGCCCCACCAUGAAGCGGGACGUGCGCAUCCUGCUCCUGGGCGAGGCCCAGGUGGGGAAGACGUCGCUAAUACUGUCGCUGGUGGGCGAGGAGUUCCCCGAGGAGGUCCCAGCCCGGGCGGAGGAGAUCACGAUUCCCGCGGACGUCACCCCGGAGAAGGUGCCCACGCACAUCGUGGAUUAUUCAGAAACCGAGCAGACGGUGGAGGAGCUCCAGGGUGAGAUUGACAAGGCGGACGUGGUGUGCGUGGUGUAUGACGUGUCUGAAGAGGCCACUGUCGAGAAGAUCCGAACCAAAUGGAUCCCGCUGGUGAACGGGAAUACCAAGAGGGGACCCAGGGUUCCCAUCAUCCUCGUGGGCAACAAGUCGGACCUGCGGCCAGGGGGCUCCAUGGAGGCUGUGCUGCCCAUCAUGAGCCAGUUCCCUGAGAUCGAGACCUGCGUGGAGUGCUCGGCCAAGAACCUGAAGAACAUCUCAGAGCUGUUCUACUAUGCUCAGAAGGCCGUGCUACACCCCACAGCCCCCCUCUACGACCCUGAGGCCAAGCAGCUGAGGCCCGCGUGUGCCCAGGCACUCACCCGCAUCUUCAGGCUCUCAGACCAGGACAUGGACCAGGCGCUCAGUGACCAGGAGCUCAACGCCUUCCAGACGUCCUGCUUCGGGCACCCGCUGGCCCCGCAGGCCCUGGAGGACGUGAAGAUGGUGGUGAGCAAAAACGUGGCAGGAGGUGUGCGGGACGACCAGCUGACCCUGGACGGCUUCCUUUUCUUGAACACGCUCUUCAUCCAGCGAGGCCGCCACGAGACCACGUGGACCAUCCUGAGGCGCUUUGGCUAUGGAGACUCGCUGGAGUUGACAGCUGACUACCUCUGCCCACCGCUCCGUGUGCCCCCUGGCUGCAGCACCGAGCUCAACCACCGAGGUUACCAGUUUGUGCAGAGGAUGUUUGAGAAGCACGACCAGGACCGGGACGGUGCGCUCUCCCCGGCAGAGCUGCAGAGCCUCUUCAGUGUGUUUCCCGCUGCUCCCUGGGGCCCCCAGCUCCCCAACACGGUCCGCACCAAGGCUGAGCGGCUGCCCCUGCACGGGUACCUCUGCCAGUGGACCCUGGUGACCUACUUGGAUGUCUGGCGCUCUCUUGAGCACCUGGGCUAUCUGGGCUACCCCACGCUCUGCGAGCCGAACUCCCAGGCCCACGCCAUCACAGUCACCCGGGAGAAGAGACUGGACCAGGAGAAGGGACAGACACAGAGAAAUGUCCUCCUGUGCAAGGUGGUGGGGGCCCAUGGUGUGGGCAAGUCAUCCUUCCUCCGGGCCUUCCUUGGCCACAGCCUGGGGCACCAGGAUGCCGGGGAGCCCUCCGUCUAUGCCAUCGACACAGUGCAGGUCAACGGGCAGGAGAAAUACCUAAUUCUGUGCAAGGUGGCUGCGGACAGCCUGCUGACCGCCUCGGCGGACGCCUCCUGUGACGUGGCCUGCUUGAUGUUUGACGGCAAUGACCUCAGGUCCUUUGCGCUGUGCGCCAGCGUCUAUAAGCAGCACUACAUGGAUGGGCAGACCCCCUGCCUCUUCGUCUGCUCCAAGGCUGACCUGCCCGGAGGCGUCCCGCUGCCCGGCCUGUCGCCUGCUGAGUUCUGCCGCCGGCACCGGCUGCCUGCCCCCACCCCGUUCUCCUGUGUCGGCCCAGUCGAGCCCCGCGUGGGCAUCUUCACCCAGCUGGCCACCAUGGCUACCUUCCCACACCUUGUCCACAGGCAGCUGCAGGCCACCUCCUUCUGGCUCCGGGUGGCACUGGGGGCCAUGGGGGCUGCCGUUGCUGCCAUCCUCAGCUUCUCCCUCUACAGGGUCCUGGUGAAGAGCCGAUGAGGCCCCGGGCCCCGCAGUCUUAUCUCAGGGUGCUGGGGGGGCAGGGCUCCCCCCGGUCUCCGCUUUCCUCCUGAGGACAGCCCCCCACUGCCCUGCCCCUGCCCCGCCCACAGGUAGGCCUGGCUCCCAGCUGCUACAGGUGCUGGGCGUGGCCUGCCUCUGGGCAUCAGGUGUUGGAGGGACCGGGGGUGUUCGAGCAAGUCAGUGCCCCCAGACCCGAAUUCUCAGGGCUCCGUCCCUUCUUCCUGGUCCUUGGUGUAUGGCCAGUGGGUGUGAAGGGGGUACGAAGGCAGGAACUUGGGGCUAAAGGCAGGGGUUGGAAGCAAGAAAUGCCUGGACCAGCAUGUGCCCCCCAACCCCCGAUUUGAAGACCAGUCCAGGGCAGACGUGAGAUUGGGUUUCCUGAUUAAACGUCAUUUGUGUCUUUUCCA